AAUUUUGAGGGAUUUAUUUCUAUUCUAACUGAUUUUGUCUGCUAAGAACUCGAUUCUUGCAGGAGACAGGCAGCUUGAGCACAAAACUUGACAAAACAUGGCAUCUGUACCAGUACUACCAAUUCUGCUCAUGUUGUCUGUGCUUCUUGUUGUAAUUGAUUCAAAGGCUCAAACAAAGCAUAGCAUCACCACAGGUUCUGUGUUGUUCCCCAACCCAAAGAGCAACUCUUCAUGGAGCUCACCUUCUGGUCUUUUUGCCUUUGGUUUCUACCAACAAAGCAGUGGUUUUGCUGUCGGAGUAUGGAUGGUCAAUCAAACUGGAAACAUAAUCAUCUGGACUGCGAAUCGAGAUGAUCCCCUUGUCUCCUCUAAUGCAAUUUUGGAGCUGACAAAAGGAGGUCUCCUUGAAACUGAGCAAGGUAAAGAUACAAAGAUUGGUAAUGAUAUUUCAAGCCCUGCAAGUUCUGCUUCCAUGCUUGAUUCCGGAAAUUUUGUACUCUUAAACAGCUCUGAUCAUGUUAUUUGGCAGAGUUUCGACUAUCCAACCGACACCAUACUGGAAGGUCAGGUUCUUACUUAUGGCAGCCAGUUGGUGUCUAGCAAAACUGAAUCAGACCACUCAAGUGGACGAUUCUGCAUCGCUAUGCAAUCAGAUGGAAACCUUGUUUCCUACCCUACUAACAUCUCCAGUAUGCCAGAAAUAGCCUAUUGGGCUUCCAAGACUUCUGAUUCUAAUGGUGCAGAGCUCCGUCUUUACCAUAAUGGAUCUCUCUUCCUCCAAACGCACAUUUUGUCAAAUGGUUCAUAUUCUAAUGAAACUAAAACUUUCUACCGGGCAACGCUGGAUGAUGAUGGAAUUUUCAGACUGUAUUCACACUACAUUGAAAGCAACACAAGCUCAAGGGUGAAAGUGAUGUGGUCGACUUUGCAAAAUCAAUGUCAAGUAAAAGGUUUCUGUGGUUUGAACAGUUUCUGCCAAGUUGUUGGUAACAAAUCCGAAUGUAUUUGUUACCCCGGAUUUGUUUUCAUUGACCCCGAUGCUAAUUUCCUUGGCUGCUAUCAGGAUUUCAGGGAAGAUAGCUGCAGAGACAGUGAGGACCCAUAUCUCAGGUACAAUAUUACUUCCUUACAGAACAUGUGGUGGGAUGAUCACCCUUAUAUUGUAGUGCCACAAAAGGAGGAAGCUUGUAAAGAUUCUUGCCUGGGAGAUUGUAACUGUUGGGCAGUGUUAUAUGUUAACGGUACUUGUCGUAAAUAUAACUUUCCAUUAAGAUAUGGUAAAAAAGACAUUGCCAUAUCAGCAGUAGCCCUCUUCAAGAUGGUUUUGGAAAAUAGUGGUACUCCGAAGGACACCAACCAUACAGGCCCUCCUGUUCCUAUAAAUAGACCAAUUUUAAUUGAUAACAAGAAUAACAUGGUUUUAAUUCUGGCAUUAAGUUUAGGUUCUGUUGCAUGCUUGUUCUCUGUCUUUGCAGUUUCGAGUUUCAUAAUAUACAAGCACCGAUAUCACAGGUAUAGAAAGCUGUUGGAAAAUGCUAAUUUGGGGUUAGCUGAAGAUUUUACUUUGCAAUCAUUUUCUUACAAUGAGCUUGAAAGAGCAACAGAUGGCUUCAAGGAAGAGAUAGGAAGGGGUUCAUUCGGAGCAGUUUAUAAGGGGAUUUUAUCUGAGAGUAACAAAAUUGUUGCUGUCAAAAGACUAGAGAAAGUUGUGGAAGAAGGGGUAAGAGAGUUUCGAGCUGAAAUGACUACCAUUGGAAGAACUCAUCACAGAAACUUAGUUCAGUUGCUUGGUUUUUGUAUUGAGGGAUCCAAAAAACUUCUUGUUUAUGAAUUCAUGAGCAAUGGCUCACUUGCAGAUCUUCUCUUUAAAGCCUUAUCGCCCCCACCUUGGAGAGAAAGGGUAAGAUUUAUUUUAGAUGUGGCAAGGGGGAUCUUUUAUCUACAUGAAGGGUGUGGAGUGCAUAUCAUCCUCUGCAACUUGAAACCCCAAAAUAUCCUCCUAGAUGAUGCUUGGACUGCUAAGAUCUGUGAUUUUGGUUUGGCAAGGCUAUUAAUGCCUAAUCAAGCAAAAACCUCCAUGGGAGUUGAAGCAACAUCAACGGGGUAUUUUGCUCCUGAAUGGCAGAAGAAUUCUUUCAUAUCUGUAAAAGCUGACAUUUAUAGCUUCGGUGUUGUGCUCUUGGAAAUAGUAUGUUGCAGAAGAAACAUUGAGUUGGAUGUUUCAACACCAGAUGAGAUAACACUCGUUGAUUGGGUCUAUAAAUGCUUUAAGGCUGGAGAGUUGGAUAAGCUUGUGGAGGAUGAAGAAGUAGACUUCCCUACACUAGAAAGAAUGGUGAAAGUGGGGCUGUGGUGCAUCCAAGAUGAUCCGGCUUUGCGUCCUUUGAUGAAAAAUGUAAUCUUGAUGUUGGAAGGGACAAUGGAUAUACCUAUACCUCCAUGUCCAGAACUUCCUCGUCUUCCUUGAUAUAUUAAUUUCAUGUAGUAUAAUUAGAUACUAUAUGUGUUUAUUUGUACGUUAAUAAUUGUAUUAGUUGUGCUUUUUUCUUGUUGUUGUAUGCAAGUAUUUGUGAUAUAUAACAUGUUGAAUGCACCUCCAGAAAUGUACUGAAAUUACAUUCAA